AUGGCGACAUUACGUCUACUACCACUCUUUCUCGGUCUUUUCUGUGGCGUCUUCUUGUCUUUAGGUGUUACUGUAUCCGGUUUUCGAUCUGCUGUGGCUGUGCGUUGGCUACUUUGGUUUCCUGGAAAUUUACUACUUCAAACAUUUGCGGGAAUCACGCUGCCAUUGAUGACACUGCAUGCGACGAUUACGGGGUCGCAUGUGCAGCUCUCUUUUCAUUGGUUAAAAGUAGCAGGCGUGACACUUAUGAUAUGUGCGCUUGCUACGGUGUUUGCAAGCGGCUUGGGCACAAUUCUAGCGGUGGCUUUGCAGAGCAUUAUCCCGACACUGGCGCAUGUCUGGGGCAUACCGCUCUUGGGCCCUGCGGUGGCAUUUGAGUGUCCUAAGAACGUGACCAGUGGAUUUGUAGAACUACAGAGCGACGGAAAGCUUGCAUGCUCAGCAAACGCAACGACUUUUGUGCUGGACGAUGUGGCACGGACGUUUGUGACAGCCUCAGUGACGCAGACGGCGUCGGGUAUUUCGGAGCAGGUUGCAAACGUCUCGGAAAGCCUUUUUCCAGGGAGUUUGCUCGACUCGUUCAUCGGUGGAGAUGUGCUAGGCCUUUUGGUUUGUGGCCUUGCACUUGGCGCAGCGUUGACUGGUUCUUUUGUGGAGGAAAAAAGACAAGAAAGAGAAGACGGUCAUCAUCUUUACGACGAAGAACUUGAGCAGAUACAGGAAUCGAUGAUACUGCAACUAGUUGCGCAGGCAGAAGCUGCAGGGUGUUGCGUGCUCAGUUGGCUUCACACGUAUCUACCCGUCAGUGUUGCCUUUAUGAUCAGUAGUGUACUGCUUCAACCAUCGGCUGUCCCGUAUUUAUUCACCAGUGGCGAUGGCACGGCUGUUGCUGCCGCCUUGGCGCUCAUUGCGGUGCUUCUUCUUGCUUUGGUUUUGGACGUGGUCGUCGUGAUAUUAUUGGCCACACUGUGCACUCGAUCCAACCCGUUCGCGUUCCUUGAGCACCUCUUGCCUGCGCAACUUUUGGCCCUAAGCUCCGGAUCAUCUUUUGUGGCGUUGCCAGCUACAGUUUCAGCCGUUGCAGCAAGUAAGCGCGUCUCACCUUCGCUAGCGUUUAUCGUUUGCUCCGCGAGCACGGUGCUCAACCAGACGGGUACUGCUCUCUAUCUGUCAGUCAGCACGCUGUUUGUUCUGUCCGCUUCAAGUCCCGUAAUGAAUGAAGAUGAAAUGAUAACGUCACAUUCGACAUACAGCAUUGCAGCAAUGGUGUUUACUAAUGUACUUGUUACUAUUGUGAUUUCUCCGCUACCUGGUGGAAGCAAGACAGCGGCGCUGGCGACAACAUUAAGCGUUGUGUUUGGAGUUUCGGCUGAGUUGAGAGCUGUUUUGGUAGCGUUUUUGGCUGCACUGGAGUGGAUCACGGGUCCAUGUGUAGCGUGUGUGAACAUUACGAACAAUGCGCUGAUUGCGCUAAUAAUUGCACACUAUUUUGAGGUCAAACUAGUAGCAGAGACUGAAACAGGUUGUGACAGAUCCGGUGCUAUGACGCACGAGUCCCCAUCAUCAGACCUACGUCAGCAACGAGUGCAGUACAUGGAGCACGAGAAUAGGGCAUAG